AUGGUUUGCGAUUUACUUUCUCUAACACUUUUACGUUCUGCCGGGGAUUUGGGUGCAGAUAUUGCAGUAGGUAGUGCUCAGCGGUUUGGACUUCCUCUUGGUUAUGGCGGGCCUCAUGCUGGGUUUAUGUCUGUUGCCAAUUUAGCUCUGGCUAGACAAAUGCCUGGAAGGAUUGUUGGAGUUUCUAGAGAUCAACAGGGAAAUAUUGCUUAUCGUCUAACUCUCCAAACUAGAGAACAGCAUAUUCGAAGAGAUAAAGCAACCUCCAAUAUUUGCACUGCUCAAGCACUUCCUGCUAAUAUUUCUGCAAUGUAUGCAAUCUAUCAUGGACCCAAUCGCUUAGCUUAUAUUGCCAAAAAGAUACAUAAAGCUACAUCAUUUCUUUCUCAAAGUAAUAUGAUUUUAUUCAGAUUCUGUACUAAUUUAAUGUUUCCCUCCUCACCAGAGGUGGGUCUGAACAGUCAGAGGUGUCGGAAAUCGGAAGAGCCGGAAAUCGGUACUGGCUCAAAAGUCGGAACUUGGAAAUCGGAAAUCAAAAUUUUUUCGGAAAUCGGAAGGAAAAAAACGCCUGAAGUAUGAAUUCCGUAUUUCGACCCACCUCUGCUCCUCACAUCAAUUUUCCUUUUUACUAUCAAUCAUUUAUUUCCCUCCUUUUAGUGACAAACAUUUGUUC